AUGAUCGGUUUGGUGAACUCUAGUGUCCAAUCAUACUUUCAAUGUGAUGAAAAAAAGGCCACUAACCGGACGACCACCCAUAAGAUCGGCUUCAUAUCAAGUAACAAAAAAGGAUAACUAGGAAGGAUCGAAAAAAGAUCGCUUAAGAACUCGACAAAAAUUCGCAGACUUCGAGGCUUACUGUAUCUUUUAUGAUGAAGGGAAUUUAUUUAUUUUUUUGCCUUUUGAGCCGAAUGACGGCACUUAAAUUCAACUUUCUGCUAAUUUUCCUCAAAUUGUCAAAAACUAAAAGCACUCGUGACUUUUUCGCCCAAGGUUCAUCGGAUGAGGUCUCGAAAAAAAGAAUUUUUCUCUCUCUCCUAGAGAAUUUCUUCUCAUUUGUGAAGAAGCGGAGAAAAGAACUCUGAGUAUGAGUACAGAUCUUGGAUAAUUUCCAGAAGUAGAGAUGAACUGAUAAAAUCAGACGUGAGAAUUCAGGCGUAUCGAAGUCGAAACGCAGAAGUCAGUCCGUCAUGAGAGUUUCUCUGGUCUUGCUGUUGGCUUUCGUCCUCGUCGUGAGUUUUCCUUUUGCAACGAAAAAGGUUUCUGCGUGUUCUCGAGGAAGUUUUUUUCAGGUUCCAUCGGAGGAAUUUUACAUUUUCGAGGAAUUCAUUUUCAAUCCUCUGAGGAGAGUCGGCCAAGUAAGAGACAAAUCGAGAAAUUUCCUGUUUAAACCAAAAUUUUCCGGCGAUUGGUAUUUUCAAAAAACCUUCUCCUCCACCUGAACCUGAGCCUGGGUCUGGGUCAGAGAUGGCUCGCGGACAAGGACCUUACAAGGGUCCCGCACAAGGAGCCAACACGCCGGCUCCUCGUGACAAAGGCAGCUUCCAUGUAAGUCGACAUCCCAGUCAUUGUUUCAGAGGAAAAUUGAGAGAACUCCACUUUGAGUUAUCCUCUGGGAGAUAAAUUAAAAGUUUUAACGGAAACAAACUUGCAUUUUCAGCUCAACUCUCACGGCCUCUUCGCCAUCACCGUGGCGAAUACCAUCCGCGCCGCUCUUUUCUAA